AUGGCAUGUCAGUCCGGAAUCAGAGAAGAGCUCUGUGUCAAUUUCCAAGACAAAGGGACUGCUGAUUGGCGAGCUGAUUUCAAGCGCUAUCUGCCGGACUGUAUCGAUGCGUUCGAGCCGUGCUAUGUGCUGUUUCGCAUUGGAGAUGUAUCUGAUGUUAUUUCGUCUAAGUUAAACACAGUUAUUUGUAGUUUUGCUGAUGAUCGUGCUCCCGUUCGAGAAAAGAUGGUUUUUGCUGCAACACGAGCCACUUUCAAGUCCGAGUUUGGGCAGUCGAAUAUUAGGUUCUUGGAUUUUGUUAAUUGUUAUUCAAAAAAAUUUAGGCACGAAUAUCACGUUACGAACAAGAAGGAGAUGACGCUGGAAGCGUUUGAGAGAUGGAUUUUUGGCAAGGAAGAACCGGGGCCGAUGUCCGAACUGGAAAAGGAGAUGCACUGUGCGCAAAAGGAACAAAAAACAGUUAUGCCAGCAUCCCAGACCGUCAAAGGUGUUUUCUUCCCGGUAGAUCAGGAUGCCGAAGAAGAGCUGCGAAAGUUGGCUAAUCACGAAAUAAAUUAUGUUCAGCUGGCUGUUGACACACUCAAUGAAGCUAUCAAAUUGGAGUCCUCGAGAAUUCUGAAUUCUGCGGAUGAACUGAAAGAGGUAAUACCUCGAGAUAAGCCUCGCUACCAUUUCUUCCGCUUUUCGCACAAAUUCGAUAAUGAAGAUUACAACACUCUCUUAUUUAUCUACUCAAUGCCAUCGUCCGGUUGCACAAUCAAGGAGCGCAUGUUGUAUUCAAGCUGUAAGCAGCCGUUUUUGCAGUCCGCUUCCACAACUGCCAAUCUCCAUCCGGACAAAAAGAUUGAAAUUGAUAGCAAGGAAAAUUUGUCAUCGGAUAUUUUAUUGGAUUACACUCAUCCUUCUUCACAAUCUCACGUAAAAGGUUUCGCUAGACCACCGGGACCUGUGCAACGAGGAACAAGACGUGUUACGAAAACAGCAGUCGGCUAA